AUGUUGCGCGGGCUCCGCCCCGCGUUCUCCCUCAAGGGAGGGAAGCGCCGAGCGGGAAUAAUUUCGCGUUGUCUGAAGGCUCCCCGAGGAGCGGGGUGGUGUUCUUCGCUGAGGGGGAAGAGGCUUUUCCACAGGGCUGAAAGGCUCGCCCCGCCGCGGGGUUGGAACGGCCAGGAAAUAAGGAGGUUUUACAGCGUGUUUGUGGAUUGUACUUUCUUUACGAGGAAAGAAAUUCUGAGGCUGUUUUACAGAUACAGGGACCUGGCCCCGCAGCUCGUUCCGCUCGACUACACAGCUAAACCCGCGGUGACACUUCCCUACCAGCUCAUUGGCAGCAUGCCAGAGCUGAAGGACAACCCAUUCCGCCAGCGGAUCGCAGAGGUUUUCUCAGAGGCUGGAGAUGGCAACAUGACUUUAGAUGAUUUUCUGGACAUGUUUUCAGUCCUGAGUGAAAUGGCUCCCAGAGACUUGAAAGCUUAUUAUGCUUUUAAAAUUUAUGAUUUUAACAAUGAUGAUUACAUAUGCAAAUCAGAUCUAGAGAAAACUGUUAACAAAUUAACCCGGAAUGAACUUACCCCAGAAGAAGUUAACCUUGUGUGUGACAAGGUGAUCUAUGAAGCUGAUGCUGACAAUGAUGGCAAGCUGUCUUUGGAAGACUUUCAGCACAUGAUAACACGAGCUCCAGAUUUCCUUAGCACCUUUCACAUUCGAAUCUGAACACAGUGAAAGAUGGAGGCUGCUGUGCUGCUUGAACCUUCAACAACUCUCACUUCACCUGAGAUUAUCAUCCAUGAGGAGCAAAAAGGACAAUUUCUGGUAACUGACUCAUUCAGAGAACAUUGCCUCUUGUUUAUCUCUUUAAAAGGAACAUGAAACUCAUCAUCAGGAUUUCUGUGUAAUUUAACAAAUUGCCUAUUUCCCCCCCUGCAAGCUAGAGCCUAGACAGUCAGAUAAAAUCACUUUUAAGUUUAGACACCAGCAGGUAGCAAAGGAGCUUCUAUGACAUUAUAGCUCUUAAAUAAAUUCCUAAGAAAAUUACUUACCCAGUAAAAAAACCUUGAAAAUAGUUUCAAAACCAUUAUGGUUAAUCAAAACUGUGCAAUUACCCCCUCUGCUCAGCUUGAACAGUCUGAACAGACAGUCCAGUGAAUCAGUUUGCUGAAGUAUUCUCCCUUUGUGUCACAGAAACCCAGAACAGAUUCUGAGAAGAACAUAGAGAAGAGCUCUCAAUUUCAGAAUUCACAGUGGUAGCAUUGUUUGAAGGACAGAAGAUUCU